AUGCUGGACUUUGCGAGCGCGAAAGCACGGCUAUCAGUGUUGAAGCUUGGACGGCGGCAAUCGGCUCCUCUGGCCACAACCCUACUGCUAGAAGAAGGCGCAAGAGCUGCCAAUGAAAACGACAUGUGCAGGUUCGCUUCACCGUAUCUCUCACCGCGGGAAGAUUGGUCGAAGCCGAAGCUAGUGGACCAGGAGCUCCUCGUGCCUGCCGAGUCGGCCGCCGGCGUGAACAUGGGCAAUCCAAAGGUACUGGCGAUGCUGGGCAUUACGGAGGUCCUGAGAUUCGAUAUGGUGCAAACUAGGAAGCUGGUCUUGCUUGCGAAGUGACACCAUACCAGGUCUUGUUAUGAAUCAAGCAAGCAGCUGCGAGUUGGUGUCGUCCUUGGUUGCAAGACGAUUUUGGGUAACAGGACUUUCAGGCAAGGAGGGAGACAGAGCAAGCAACCAUGCGUAAGUUGGCUUGACUUGGGUACUUAGCAAAAGAAGCUGCCAUUGUCCAAUUCAUCUCGCACUGCAGCAAUAUUCCAGGCGCUUCCAG